GAAGGAGGAGUACUUCAGGAAGAGAUUCAGAGAUGAGGAGCAGGCCAGCAGGAUCAUCUCCCACAUCAAGACAUCACGAAGCUUCCACAUCAUGUGCCACAUCCCAGUCUUCUGCUGGAUCACUGCUACAGUUCUGGAGGAUGUGGUUGAAACCAGAGAGGGAGGACAGCUGCCCAAGACCCUGACUGAGAUGUACAUCCACUUCCUGGUGGUUCAGGCCAAAGUGAAGAAGGUCAAGUAUGAUGGAGGAGCUGAGACAGAUCCACACUGGAGUCCAGAGAGCAAGAAGAUGAUGGAGUCUCUGGGAAAACUGGCUUUUGAUCAGCUGCAGAAAGGAAACCUGAUCUUCUAUGAAUCAGACCUGACAGAGUGUGGCAUCGAUAUCAGAGCAGCCUCAGUGUACUCAGGAGUGUUCACACAGAUCUUUAAAGAGGAGAGAGGACUGUACCAGGACAGGGUGUUCUGCUUCAUCCAUCUGAGUGUUCAGGAGUUUCUGGCUGCUCUUCAUGUCCAUCUGACCUUCAUCAGCUCUGGACUCAAUCUGCUGGAAGAACAGCAAACAACCUCUCAGAAGUCUGAAACAAGAGAAUCUGCAGAGAAACUCUUCUACCAGAGUGCUGUGGACAAGGCCUUACAGAGUCCAAAUGGACACCUGGACUUGUUCCUCCGUUUCCUCCUGGGUCUUUCUCUGCAGACCAGUAAGACUCUCCUACGAGGUCUGCUGACAGAGACAGGAAGUAGCUCACAGACCAAUCAGGAAACAGUCCAGUACAUCAAGAAGAAGCUCAGUGAGAAUCUGUCUUUUGAGACAAGCAUCAAUCUGUUCCACUGUCUGAAUGAACUGAAUGAUCGUUCUCUAGUGGAGGAGAUCCAGUUGUACAUGAGAUCAGGAAGUCUCUCCACUCGUAAUCUGUCUCACGCUCAGUGGUCAGCUCUGCUUUUCAUCUUAAUGUCAUCAAGAAAAGAUCUGGAUGUGUUUGAACAGCAGAAAUACUCUUCAGAGGAGGCUCUUCUGAGGUUGCUGCCAGUGGUCAAUGCCUCUAAUAAAUCUUUAGUGAUUGGCUGUAACCUCUCAGAGAGAACCUGUGAAGCUCUGUCCUUGGUUCUCAGCUCCCAGUCCUCUAGUCUAGGAAAGAUUGAUCUGAGUAACUCCAGCCUGCAGGAUUCAGGAGUGAAGCGUCUUUCUGUUGGACUAAACAAUCCAAACUGUAAACUGAAUUCUCUCAGACUGAGUCACUGUAAGUUCCCAGAGAGAAAUUUUGAAGCUCUGUCCUCAGUUCUCAGCGCUCAGUCAUCUAAUCUGAGAGAGCUGGACCUGAGUAACUGUGACCUGCAGGAUUCAGGAGUGCAGCUUCUAUCUGCUGGAGUAAAGAGUCCAAAAAGCUGUAUACUGGAAACUCUCAGUCUGUCAGGCUGUCUGAUCACAGAGGAAGGCUGUACUUUUCUGGCCUCAGCUCUGAGCUCCAACCCCUCCCAUCUGAGAGAGCUGGACCUGAGCUACAAUCAUCCAGGACCCUCGGGAAUGACGCUGCUGUUGGCUGGACUGCAGGAUCCAGGCUGGAGACUGGACACUCUCAGGGUGGAGCCUGCUGGAGUCCGAUGGUUGAGACCAGGUCUGAGGAAGUAUUCCUGUCAACUCAAAAUCAACACAAACACAGUGAACCGAUACCUCAAACUGUCUGACAACAACAGGAAGGUGACACAUGUGGAGGAGGUUCAGUCAUAUCCUGAUCAUCCAGACAGAUUUAAUUAUUUUUAUCAGCUGCUGUGUAGAAAUGGUCUAACUGGUCGCUGUUACUGGGAGGUCGAGUGGAAAGAAACUGUUGAGAUAUCAGUGAGUUACAGAAAAAUCAGAAGGAAAGGAGAUGCUUUUGACUGUGUGUUUGGAUGGAAUGAUCAGUCCUGGAGUCUGAUCUGCUCUGAGGAUGGUCCUCUAUAUGUCAUGCACAAUAACAGACUAACAUCCAUCUACUCCUCCUCCUCCUCCUCCUCCUCUGUCUCUAACAGAGUAGCAGUGUAUGUGGACUGUCCUGCUGGCACUCUGUCCUUCUACAGAGUCUCCUCUGACUCUCUGAUCCACCUCCACACCUUCAACACCACAUUCACUCAAACUCUUUAUCCUGGGUUUGGGUUUAAUCCUGGUUGUUUAGUGUGUCUGUGCUGAGUUGAGUGUAAAGAGUGUCCUCCUGUUAGAGAAACACUCUGAAAAUUACAUUUAUUCAUGUUACAUUUUCUCUAUAAUUAACGGAUAUUUUCCAUUAAUAGAAAAAUUGAAAAUUCUGUUUAUGUUACUAUUUACAGGCACUUUUUAAAACUUUAACCAAUUAAAUGUACUUCUUUAUAUCUUUGACCAUAUAUUUCUAUGCAAUUGCAACCUAAUGCACCAUUUCCUCAAAAAUUCGUAAAUUUAAACUUCUUCUGUGUGUUUAGUACCAAACAACAUUGGAACAUUUAAUGUCAAAUAUUAUUUUAUUCUCCUUAAAUCAAAAACUAAAAUAAAACGACAGCAUCCAUCUCAUCAUAAAAUGACUAAACAGCUGAGACUAAAUGUGUUUGUUAAGGGUUGCUGUAUGAAUAAAGCUGAAGAGAUCUAAAGCUGUUCCUGAAGUUUGGCAUUAUUAGAACAGGAUGGAUGGAUGAGCACAGCUCUCUCAGCACAGGGCUGACAGGACGUUUUUAUACCAAACUUAAAGAUAAAAGUAGAUUUACUGGAUUUGAUUUUUCAGUUCUUGCUUUUCAAAGACAGUUAAGAUUUAUUUUUUAUUAUUGUCAUUUAUGCUUAGAAACAUAUAAUCAUUUAUGCUUAAAAGUAUAUAAUUGUUUGUAGAUUGAUAGAGGUUUGAUCCUUAGCAGUCUGUAAAGACUCUGUGUGCCUUCCAGAGUGUUCUGGCAUGCACAUACACAGCCUAAGAUCAUGAGAGAGGUCGUACCUUCUCUUUCUGAUUUAUGGUAUAGGAGGACACCUACUCUUUAUCUGCCUAAGUAUAAGAGCCCUUUGUUUAGAUGGACUGCUGCGCUCCUAGCACCAGCUGUGGGGAGUCUACACAGAAACACACACACACACACACACAUACCUACACUAUGCACAGACUGGUACUCUUUGUUCACAUGCAUGCCUGUGUAAGAUGUCAUAUGUUAAUGAACCUAUGCAUAUUCAUGUAACCACAAUAAAAGGAGCGCUACAGGGAACCUGACUGAGAGCCUGAUGGAGGUCAAGCGGGCGGAACAACGACUUCAGUCAGGUCUCCCUCAUGCACGAGCAACACAAAGAACUUCGCCGACUUGGGGGGGGGGAGAAGUACAGGCCACUUUGUGGGGUGCUGUACCAGUAAAUUCUCCGCCGCUUUGUGGGGUGUCGAGAAGUUCUGCGGAGUCCAGCUGUGGUGGACAAUAGGCCUAAUUUGUGUUGUUGUUGUGUGUGUGCUUUUGUGUGAGUUAAUGCCAAGCAGCACUCCUCUUUCU